GGCAGGUUUUUCAGGGCCCGCAAGAAUGCCAUGCGACACCUUCUUCCGGCUGUGGCAUGUCCUUCUUGGUCUAUAUCUUUUGGAGGCUGAAGGCCAUUUUGCCAAUGAGUUGGAGGCAGGCUUGCGAUUGGAGGAGGAUAGUUGCUCCAACUCGGCAUGCUGGCUGCAGCGCAGAGCCAAACGCCAGAGCGAGAAUAGCAGAGAGGAGCACGCCAUCGAAACAAAUAGCUCCAACAUCGCAAAGGUGAAUACUAACGCCAGUAGUGAAUUCUAUUGCGAUUCUCAUACUGGUGGAAGUUGCAGAUUCUGGUCCUGUUCAUCUACCCGUGGGCCAACCAUGUGCAAGUCUUCACAGUGCCGCUGCAAACCGGGAUUUUGCGCGGUGAAUGGUAUUUGCAUGGAGCGCACAGCUCAUGUCACCGACACCUGCAACCGGCGCACUGGGGGCAGCUGCCGCUUUUUGGGCUGCUCCUCAUGGCGAGGAGCUGUUGACUGCAUCGAUGGGGCAUGUGUGUGCCAAGCAGGCUAUUGUAGUGCUGAUGAUGGCAGUUGCCACAAGCCCAAGCCUCGGAUCAAAGCCAAGGUGGUCCCUGUGAAUUUGCAGUCCCAGGUGUUCCCUGCCGCGCAGGUGAACCUUCGUACGGGAGUGUGCUUCAGCGGGGGUGGCUCUCGCGCUUUGACGGUCACGAUGGGUGUUUUGAGGGCCUUGGAAAGCUUGAAGCUCAUUCCACACAUUGACGCGAUCUCGAGCGUGUCUGGUGGAACUUGGGCCUCGUCCAUCUACAUGUUCGCCAAAGAUGUCAGUAUCAAGGAUUUACUUGGCGAAGAUACAACUCCGAAUGAAUUGACCAUGGAGAAGUUGUUUCGAAAGCCUGCAAGACUUGGCGAUGUUGCGACCACCAGCAUCACAUCACUUUUGUUGAGCAAGGUCAUGACGUUGAAUGGAGGAAGCAAUCCGCAUGACCUGUGGAUCGAAAGCUAUGCGAAAACCGUCUUGGAGCCCUUCGGAUUGGCCAACAGGAGUCAAUUCAUGGCAGCGAAUGAAGAAAGUCUUCGAAGCAUUCUGCAACGAAAUCCAAGCCUUCAGCGAGAACAAUUUCAAGUUCCGAACCCUUUGCGUCCUAAGACGUUCAUCAUGGGUGGUACUUUGCUGGCCCCAGUCGGCCUGGUUGCAACUGAAACCAGCGCUGUGUCACUGCAAAUGUCGCCAGACUUCACGGGCUCGCCAUUCUAUCCGAAGGAUAGCCUUGUGCAUUACAAGGGGGGCCAGUCUGACAGAGAAUUUCUGGUUGGCGGCGGCUUUGUUGAAAGCUUUGCCUUCGGCGGUUCAUCGCCUUUGUCGGCCCAGGGGCAAAUGGGAGGAGAUGCAGUUGAGAUGGAGGCGCCUCCAACAUCCUUCAGCCUUGCCGAUGCGAUUGGCAUCAGCAGCGCUGCAUUUGCGUCGGUGCUGGUGAGUGCUGACUGGCUCACGAGUGCAGCCUCCUUUUUCAUUGGGCAUCAGGCGGAAGAGUAUUUGCCUGUGAAGGACGUGUGGCCAGUGACUUCUGAAAGGUUCAGUGCCUGGAGGUCUGCGCUGAAGUAUCAACUUGGGGAUGGUGCCGAAGUUGACAACACUGGCAUGAUGCCUCUUCUUCAGAGGAAAGUGUCAAAGAUUCUUGUGGUCGACAGCACCAACGUGGAAUUGUCAGAGGACAUCGACUUUUGUACAGCCAACGUCCUCGGCCUCUCUCUCAAAGGAAAGGUGUCCAAUGAUUUGCUUGAUAAGUUUGGAUAUGCGGCUGAAAAUCCGGGCGAAUACCUCAUCUACAACCAGGUGUUUCAUGCAGAUGAGCUGCAGCCGUUGCUUUGUGAGUUUCAGAAGAAACGGAUGGCGGGCGACGCCAUGGUGGUCCAGCGAGACUUGGAGGUGCUUGCCAACAGCAAGUGGGGUAUUGAAGGCAACUGGAGAGUGUCUGUGGUCUUUGCCUACUUGAGCAGCCCACGGCGCUUUACCGUAAACCUUCCGCCCGAGACUCUACAGGAGGUCGAGAAGGGCAGUUCGGGUAAAUUUGCCAACUGGCCGCAUUUUAAAACGUCAUCCCAGAACGGGCCCACUAAGUUCACAUCCUACACACGUGAACAGGUCAACCUUCUUGCUGCACUCGGAGAGUAUAUGGUUCGUUCAAACACUGAUUUGUUUAUGCGGUUCUUUCUUUGAGAUGCCAAAAGUGCAUUCAAAAAGUGCUGCAGUGUGCUUUGCAGUGUACUUUGCAAAGUGAAAGUUUGAAAGAGCUUGGUGCAACAUACACUGAGUGUCCGCAGCUUGACUCACGCCAAACUCCAACUGAUUGCAACA